CGGCGCGUGUCGGUAAUGACCAGUGUGGGAGGAUUCACUGUUGGUGUAAGAGAAGUUGAAGUUUGGUGAAAUACUUGAAAAUAUGUUCCCAAAAUAAAAUGUUUGGAAGUUCCUGAAAUGGGAAACAACCAUUUGAUAACGUGAAAUGAGAUUGAAACCUAAGGUCGCAAAAUCAAAUUCUGAGCAACGCUGAGGCCACGAUGCGCUUCACCCGAUUGAUUUGUUUGGAUCAUCCGUACCAGAUUGCCACCCUGGAGCAGUGCCAGCUGAAGCUGUUCCGUAACGAGCCGUCACGUAUCAGUAUUGUCCAGCGAUAUAAUCGAACUGAAAGGUUGUACUGCAAUAUUACGAUCUUCAAAAAAGCGGUCAAUUAUCGGCAGAUACUCCCAACCCAAGUCUACGAUGCGUGUCGUUUCCUGGAAGAUAAGAUGGAGCUUGAUCCUAUCACGAGCUAUAUUCACGCUGCAAUAAAACAAUACGCUCCUCAGCUGUUUCGGCCAUGCCCGAUAGAGGGAUUGUACGAUGCAUCGGACUUGAGAAUACCUGAGAAUCUAACGGUGCCGAUAUUUCCCCCCGGGGAUUAUUACUCGGAAUGGAUAACGUAUAAUGAAAAGAAUCAAAUUGGUUUGCGUGUUCAGUUUUACUCCUCUGUAAGACAAUCGGGAAUUUUUGGGUAGCUAUUCGAUUUUUUAGUGUAUGUUAUCAAGUUCGUAAUUUACAAAACAAAACCCUGGCCCUCUUGUGGAAAAAAGCAUGUCA